AUGGAUACUUGGCGCAGGGGGUCCCUCAAGUCCACCACCUUCUUCCGACGCUUCUCCCUCAGGAGGCACAAAAAACUGGGCAACCAAGUCAUCAUCCUGAACCAGAACAGCCACACUCUGGACACGGAUGGCCAGAAGAGGGAAUGCUUGAGGGAUCUGAAGGACAAGUCUGAGUACCUGUCCUGUCAGAGCGAGCAGAACCUGGCCAAGGCACAAGCCCCUCCCAAGCCUCCCCGGCUGUACCUGGACAGUUCCAGCUGCCCCAACAUCAUUGACCACACAGAUUCCCACUCCGACCUCUCCUUUUCCGACGCUGCUCCAUACCACAAAGGCACUCCCACGCACAAGGACCAGGCUACGGACCACGGCACCUCAGAGGCAGGUUUCCCCAACAGCGCCACUCUUCCUGACCUGGCUGACCCCUUCCUGUCCUUCAAAGUGGAUUUGGGGCUAUCUCUCCUUGAGGAUGUGCUGCAGACCCUCAGGAAACAGAACCCGAGGGAUUACGCCAUUUGAAGGUAUUCAUUGUCCAUCACAUCCCAGUUACUCAC